AUGGCGGCAGCGAAUCUAUCCGACGAUGUCUACGAAAUCUGGGCUACGAUCGCGAAAACUACUCUAAUCGAGAAAGGCCUUUGGGAUGUUGUUGAGAACGGAGUCCCGCCGGAUCCAGAGUUAUCGGCGACGAUUCAACCCGGAGAAGUAUCAAAACGGCGAGAUCUCGUGAGAAGAGACACUGAAGCGCUCCAGGUACUGCAAUCUUCUCUCCCAGAUUCGGUUUUCACGAAGAUCAUUCUCUCGGCUGAUUCCGCCAAAGAUGUUUGGGAUCUGCUUCGAAAAGCUAACGAACAAGCGAAAUUAGAGAAGCGAUUCGAAGAGCUUAGCAUGGAUGAAGGAGAAACGCUCGAUUUCUACCUGGAUAGAGUUUUGGAAACCGCAGCACAGUUCCGCCGAAUGAAACUUGCGAAAUCCGAUCACGAUUUGAUCACCAAGGUGCUAUCAUCUCUCUCGAAGCGAUACGAGAAUCUUGCUCCACUUUUGGAGAAAGUCAGAUCCACGGAUCUGAAGAACAUGCCUCUUGGAGUUCUCGUUGAGUUUAGUUACAUGUAUGAGUCGAUUACACGGGAAGCUACAUCUCUGAGGUUGAAGAAUCUGAGACUUGAAUCGUCGUCUGAUAAGUGGUGUAGCGUCUGCAGCAAGAGCAAUCACAACAAGGAAGACUGUAAAUCCGUUUCCAAGGCGAGGCAAGUUAGGCCGAGGAAAAACGAAUGCUUUCUGUGCGAAGAGAGAGGGCAUUACGCAAGAGACUGCAAGAGAAAGCACGAAUACCCGAAAGGAACAAAUGAGGAGGAAGAAGAAGAUGAAAUCGUAUUUGAUUAUGUCAUGGCAGCACCGUUAAGUGAAAGUGAUCUGAUUUAUGAUGAGGAUCUGUGGAUGGUGUCAGGCUUUGCAACGAUCCAUAUGACUCCGUAUGAGAAUGUUUUCACUACUCUGGCCAGGACACACAAAGGGAAAGUUGGAUUGGUGGAUGGGAAACUUAUCAUGGCUGAAGGAAAAGGAGAUGUGAAGAUUGUGAUGAAGGAUGGGAAGAAGAAGAAGAAGACGAUUGAGAAUGUGCUUUUUGUUCCUGAGAUUAGCAGAAACGUGUUGAGUCUUAGUCAGCUGGAAUUUCAAGGAUGUUCGUUCAGAGAGGGAGGACGUGGCGAGUGUAUUAUCAGCGAUCAGGUUGGAGCAGUGUUUGGUGAUACCGUGUGGGACAAGAAAGACAUGGCUCUGCGUUUGCAGUUUGUUGGUCUAAUUCAUAUUCAGAACCUCUGGGACGAAUUUGGUGAGGGGAAUAGUUUAAUCGCUUUCAUUGCUCCAAGAGAAUAUCCAGAAAGAGACCUGACAUUUAUGGCUAUGGCGGCGGCGAAGACACAUGACGCUGUUUCCGAUGAGCUAAACUACGAAAUCUGGGCUUCAAUUGCGAAAACUACACUAGUGGAGAAAGAACUCUGGCAUGUUGUUGAGAACGGAGUCCCGCCGGAUCCGUCGAAGAUUCCAGAGCUAGCGUCGACGAUUCAAGCCGAAGAAGUUUCGAAAUGGAGAGGUCUCGCUGUGAAAGACAUGAAAGCGCUCCAGAUUCUGCAGUCCUCUCUCCCGGAUUCGGCUUUCAGGAAGACUCUCUCGGCAUCCUCGGCGAAACAUGUUUGGGAUCUGCUAAAAGAAGGUAACGAAGAAGAAGCGAAGCUCGUCGAAUUAGAGAAGCGAUUCGAAGAACUUAGCAUGAACAAGAGAGAACCGAUGGAUUCCUACUUAGAUAGAGUGAUGGAAAUCGUCGAGCAGCUCCGCGAUUCGAAAAUUGCGAAACCCGAUUACGAGGUUAUCACGAAGGUUUUAGGCUCGCUGCCAAUGUCGUACGAUUGUGUUCCUCCUUUGUUGGACGAGUACAUGGAUCUGAAGAAUACGAGCCUCGACGAGUUUGUUGCGUUUGCUCAAACGUUUGGAUCGUUGCCGGGUUAUGCCAUCGCUUCAAUGUUGAAGAACAUGUUUGAUUCACCGGAAAGGGAACAGAAACCAGCAGAAGUCGAAGAAGAGUAUGAAAUGUUUGCUCUGACUGUUGGUGAUUUCAAAUACGAUGAGGAUAUGUGGAUGAUAUACACCACAACGUCGAAUCACAUGACUCCGUAUGUGAAGUUUUUCACCACUCUGGACAGAACGCACAGGAGGAGGAUAAAGUUGGCUACUGGAGCAAUCAUCAUGUCAGAAGGGAGAGGAGAUGUGCAGAUCAUGACCAAGGAAGGGAAGAGGACGAUCAAGAAUGUGCUUUACGUUCCGGCGGUCAACAGAAACGUGUUGAGUGUUUAUCAGUUGACAUCACUUGGCUAUUCAGCGAUCAUGGCAGGGAACAGGGUUUUCAAGUUCACUAUUAGGUAUCCGAAUGGGAAGCUAUUAGGGGAAGCCAUGUCGGAAGAGAGAGGGUUUUUUCUGCGUUUCCAAGUGAUUGAAGGUAAUCUCAGGGCUUAG